AUGUACAUGGGACGUUCUGAAAGAAAGAGGGUGGUAAGGCCGGCAUCUUGCGGACAUGUCUCCAAGGCGACGUCAAUCAGUGGACAUUCGAUAGUGAAGCACAAUGACAAUGGUAAUGGGCGCAAUCCAUUCUUCCGGUUUUUGGCCCACUUCAGAAAAUGUUUCAGGGCCUGGCUCUACCAUUUGCCCUUGGGUCAGGUAACUCUAAUGGCCAGCCGUGUAUGGAAUUGCAUGAGUCCUGAGGAGAAGAAACCCUUCAUCGCUGCUGCCCGAAGAUUUAACUACACGUUCCGAUCGCGUAGCAAACAAGUCAACUGGGUUCUGGGGAAACUUCGGGAAUCCGCUGCUGGUGCAGAGUGCCAGACCAAGGCACUGUGGAUUUUGAUGCGUGGCAUCAAGUCCUGGGAGCAAUGCGUGCUGAACGGUUUUCUAGACGUGCAUAACAACUGAAGAACACUUGAGUGCGGUUUAAAUUGACUGUAAUUUUAAUAAAUGAUCUCUUACGAUAA